AUGGCCUCGGCUGGUCCAAGGGAGGUCCGAGAGCGUAGGACCCUUCGGAGGUCGAGAUUUGGCUGCCGAAAUUGCAAGCUCAGAAAACUCAAGUGCGACGAAGGCAAACCACAUUGCAAUAGAUGUAGUUCCUUCGGCGUAUUAUGCAACUUCAUGUCUAAUAUUCCCGAUCUACAACCCAUCGCCCCUGAGACAGGGAGGCGAUUGGCGGUUCGUGAAACAGGGGAGCUUCAACCCCCGGUUACCAGUGCUGUCUGGACGGCGGACGAAUCCACAUCCUAUCAAUUGAACGCAAAGUGUCAGGAUUUCAUCACCCGAUAUCUUGGACGAAGUCUCAUUACCCCAGACGAUCCUAAUAUGAUACACGUCAAUCGCAAGCUCCUGAAACUAGCCUUCGCCCACCCUUUUUUAAUGCACGCCUCUCUGGCAGUGGCGCUUACAUACGACCGCCAUCUGAAUAGCUCAUUUGGCUGUCGUCGCAGUCUAGAAGAGUGUUAUCACUGGUCUCAGAGCACAGCUCUUCUCAGUAAGCGGUUAAGGGAACCGAUUGAAGCGAAAGAUAAGGAUCCAAUCUGGGGCACUGCGGCUGCUCUGACUAUAUUGGCCUUUUCGUCCCCUGAUGCAUACACGCCGGAAGAAUCGUGGCCUAUGAAGAUCUCUGGCCACUCUGACUUGGAUUGGUUACGUAUGAGCAAGGGUAAAAUGUCACUGUGGCAUAUAGUGAACCCGCUACGAUCGGAGAGUCUUUUCCGCGUGAUGGCGGCGACCUUUGCUCUUAUGCAUUCCCCCUUGCCAGAGAGGGGCAUAGACGGUAUACCACGGGCCUUGGCUGCCGUAUGUCUGCUCAAAGUAUCAUCUACGGUGAAAGACAAUCCGUAUUUCCAUGCCGCGCACGCAUUAUCCCAGACGCUGGACCUCCCGGAUAGCGAGGUCACAACGGGUCAAAUUCAACUUUUCUGGCGCAGUAUCAAUGGCGCAUUUGAAGACAUGCUCCGGAAAAGGGACCCUGUAGCGCUUUUGUUGCUGUAUCUAUGGUACCGCAAAGCAAGUCGCAGUAUAUGGUGGAUUGAACUUAGAGCCAGAGUGGAAAGUCCUUCUAUUUGCUCGUACCUACGGCUAUAUCACAAUGGGAAUGUUGCGGUACAGGCAUUCCUUCCAGGAGGUGCUCUCGCCGACAGUUGGAAUUAG